AUGGGGAUGCACGGCUCCAAGCCUCGGAAGCAAGCGCAGGUCCUGAUGCUGGGCCUGGACGAGUCGGGGAAGAGCACCCUCCUAUACAAACUCAAAUACAAUGAGAACGUGGUGACCGUGCCCACUGUGGGCUUCAACGUGGAGACGCUGGAGACGGACAGGAGCGGCCCCGGUCUCACCGUCUGGGACGUGGGUGGCCAGAGGAAGAUGAGGCCCCACUGGAAGCAUCACUACGCCGACACAGCCGGACUGCUGUUUGUGGUGGACAGCGCGGACCACGGGAGACUGGAUGAGGCCUGCAAGGAACUCCAUCGGGUCCUGAAGUACGAGAGCCUCCGAGGAGUUCCUCUGGUCGUACUCGCCAACAAACAGGAUCUUCGCGGGGCUCUAAGCCCAGAGAUGGUGUGCCAGAGACUGGACCUGAGGCAGGUGUGCCAGGGCAGCAGGGCCUGGUUCAUCCAGCCGUGCUCGGGCGUCACCGGCACCGGGCUGGAGCAAGGCUUCAGGAGGAUAGUCUAUCUGAUGAAGACCCCACUGAGACAGACGCGAGAGGACAUUCAGGUCAAGAUGAAAUCCAAGGGCUUUAGUAUCGCUGCUUUGAUAUGUGGCUGAUAGCUCCUGGAGAUCCAAGGAUUCAUUUAAUCACACUUUGUGUUCAAUCCACUUCUGCCUGCCUGAGCUGUACCAUCCAAACAAACAUCUCCAACAUGGUGGUUUGAAUCAAACACAAGAGAACGUGUCUUUGGGUUUGCCCAAAAGACUUUUUGAAGACCCUUGUUUUUCAUUCCAACAUUCCUCUACGCUAACUUCAUGUAACACGUCUCAGAUCCGGUCGACAAUAGAGUGAAGUGCACCUGUGGAAGCAUUCUUGACUAU